CUUAUGUUAAAGAAGUUGAUAUUCAACAGAACUUUCACAGAAUGAGAGUCUGAAAAAGAAGAAACUAAGGAACCUCAGAAAAAUGAAAAAGUGCUCAUAAUUGGAAGUGGCAUGUUGGGUAUCACUUCAGCUUACUUUUUAUCGAAAAGAGGAUGUGAGGUCACUGUGAUUGAUAAAGAUAACCCUAUUAGAGGAGCUACUGAACAAAAUGGAAACACUGUCACUUUUAUUCCAUAUCCAGCUUGGACCACAAUGAAUGUAAAGCAAGUAAUCAAGGAUACUCUUACUUUCAGUUCUACCCCUCUGUGUUAUUUCAGGCUUUCUCUACUUCUUGACAGCCAUUUCAGAUUUUGGGUUAGGAAAUAUUUUAAAAACAGGAACAGUGAAAGUGUGAAGCAAUCGAAUGCUGCUUUAGCAAGGCUCACUAAGUUCAGUAUUUCAUUGUUCGACAAAUUUAUCGAUGACUGUACUGAAAAUAAUCCAGAUCUGGUAGAAUACCACUUUGAAACACUUCAUGCAAUCUAUAAUGGGUUAAGUGAAAAAGAAAUCCAAGAGAAGAGAGAACUAGUAGAAUACAUGAACAAGUUUGAGGAAGGGACCAAGCUAGUCUCUCCAGAAAGAUAUGAUGCUAGUUUUGCUUACAACAUCCCGCUCAGAUGUUUUAAUACUGGAAGAUUUGUGAAUUACAUGAGAACUAGACUCUCAGAGAAGCACGGUGUUCACUUUUUGGACGGAGAAAUUAAGGCAGUAACCUGCUCAGAUUCCCAAAUCAAGUCAUUAGAGUACUCUGACUCUAACUUAGAGACCAAGACUCUUGAAGGCUUUGAUAAAUACGUAGUCUGUGCUGGAAUUGAGUCUGUAAAUAUUGGAAAAAUGGUGGGAUUGAAGGUUCCGCUCAUGGGCUUCAAAGGUUACAGUCUCAAUGUCUUUGUUGAAGAUAAAGAAAUCCCAGAGUUCAGCUCCAUUCGUAUGCCAGAAACAAUCUGCAUUUCGAGAGUUGGAUAUAACACAGGUGGGAUGGUCAGAGUCACGGGAUUUGCUGAUAUUGAUGGUAAUAAUAUCGACCCAGUCCCUUGGAGAAAAGAUAUGCUCAUCGAAAUGGCUAAAAAAUUUGUGGGUGAAGACGCUUAUGAUGAAUCCAAAGCUAGUCAUUGGGUCGGCUUAAGACCUCUAUGUGCAGAUGAUGUACCUCUUAUUGGAAAAUCUUCUAAAUUUAAUAACCUGUUCUGGAACACAGGACAUGGUCCUAGAGGAAUUACUCAAUCAGUUGGAUCAGCUCUCCUUCUUGACUCUCUUAUAUCUGGCCAUGAAAUUCCAAAGGAUUUAGUUGCUGAGGACUACAAUCCUAAAAGAUUUGACAUCUAG